AUGGCAUACAGCGGACGCAUGAGCAUGGCGCCGCGAGGCUCCCAGCAACCUUCAAGUCAGCCUCGUGUUCGCAAGGAAGACAAUGAGGAUGCUUUCAUGACACUGCCCGAUCGCGAGAUUGCGGGAUGCAUCAGCGACAUUGGCAUCCCCUUCACCAUCCAAGACUUGCAAAAGCCCAAUCCACAGCAGAUCCAAAAAGUCUUCGAAUGGCUGGCCGAGCUGUUGAUGAACACGACGCGCGAAGUUGUCGCGCCUGCCAUGAAGGCUGCAGCAGACGACUUGUGCGGCGACGACCCGGACAGAAUCUUCACAGCCGACACCCGCGACCUCAUGGGUUUCUUUGUCACUUUGCGCCGUCUGCUACUCGAGUGUGGCAUCAAGGACUUUACUUUCCAGGAUCUGUACAAACCCACACACCCACGCCUGGUCAAGAUCUUCUCAUAUGUCAUCAACUUCAUCCGUUUCCGCGAGUCGCAGACCUCGGUCAUCGAUGAAUACUUCAACAGCACCGAGCGUACAAAGGCUCAGAUUGAAGAACUGUACAACUCGAAUCAAGAGAAGGAAGAAAUGCUGCAGGAAAUGCAGCGCAACAGAAAGAAUGUCGAGCAAGCCAUGCGUGACAAGGAAAAGAAGAACAGCGAGCUCAAGGCUCGCCUGCUAGAACUCAAGAAAGGCCAGGAAAAGGUGGCCGAAAAGCUGGACCGCGUCAAGUCUGAGCAGAGCAGACUGAAGCAAGCCCUCGAGGACAAGCAAACACAAGCCAUCAAUGUCCGCAAAGAAGCCGACAAGUUGCGCCCAUACACACAGCAAAGUCCAGCAGCCCUCGAGACGGCCCUUCGUGAUCUCAACGCAAACCUCACCGCAGACAAGGCCGAGAUUGAUCGCCUUGACCGCCGCACCCGCGCCCUACAGACAAGUACCGACACAUUCACUCUGCUUCACGGCGAUGUAACAGGUCUCAGCCGCCUACUUGAAGACCUGCAAGCCGAACUGAGAAAGGAGGACGAAGAAGCGUCACGAGCAAACAAACACCGCGACGCUCUCUCGGAGCGCUCUAACAACGUGCGCGAGAUUGAGCGUCAAGAACGCAUGCUCAGCAAACAGCUCGCCAACAUCCAAGAACGCACAAAUAAUCUACGACAAGGUGCGGCAGCCAAGGCUGAAGAAGCCAAAAGGCGCAUGGAGUCGCUCAAGCAAACACACUCGGAGCUGGGCGAAGAGAGACGCAAGCGUGGCGAGGAGGUUGAGAGACGACGCAUCAGGAUCGAGCAGACGGAGAAGAAGAUGGCGGAUCUGAAGGAGAACAUCGACAUGGAGGUGCAGAGUGCGAAGGAGGAGUACCUGAAGAUGGAGUCGCACAUCAAGCUCUACAUCACCGAGAUGGAGCAGAGCUUGGUUUGA